CGCCCAGUUCUGGUCAUCUCAAAUGUUUGUAAUAGUUUUAAAGUUAGACGCGCCGCCGAAUCCUGACGAGCAGCUACCGGCCGAGGGGGCGGGGUCUUGAGCGGCGGCUGGACGCCUAUUGGCUGCUGAGGGCUGGGGACGGGACGGGGAAAUUCAAGGAAAAGCCGAAGGAGGAUGUAUGGUAUGGAUUUUCCUCGGCGUAACGGGACGAGAAUAUAUUGGAUGGAAAGCAUCAGCAGCCCGAUAUGAACACGUUUGGAUGACAUUGUUUUUUUUUAAAGACAUUGUGAUAGUUUGAUAGAGAGAGACACACAUUCGUUAACCUUGUCGGAGACACUUUCACUACCUUUCACGUUGCGUUUAUUUAAAAAUUAGUAACGAUACAACUUUUUAAAGGAUUAGACUUCUGCCUGGAUAUGAACAAUGCGGAUGGACUGAACGUCUCACUGCUGAGAAGCUGCACUCCUGAGCUCGCUGUCGGAUCCCAUCGCUUCAUCUGAAGCCGUUUGAAGCAGAAGAACCGCCUCGGAUUAUUAUUCCUUCAGAACAACCGAUAACCACCAGCAACACAACAGAGACUCCAGUAUGGCCGAACAUGAGAGCCUGGAGUUCGGGAAGGCGGACUUCGUCCUGAUGGACAACGUGUGUCUGGAAGACUUCAUGGCCAACCUUAAACUCAGGUUCGAGAAGGGGCGUAUCUACACGUACAUCGGGGAGGUGGUGGUGUCGGUGAACCCGUACCGCGCCAUGAACAUCUACGGCCGCGACGCCGUGGAGCAGUACCGCAACCGCGAGCUGUACGAGCGCCCGCCACACCUCUUCGCCAUCGCAGACGCCGCCUACAAGGCCAUGAAGAGGCGUAACAAGGACACCUGCAUCGUCAUCUCAGGGGAGAGUGGGGCAGGGAAGACUGAGGCCAGCAAGUACAUCAUGCAGUACAUCGCGGCCAUCACCAACCCCAACCAGCGGGCCGAGGUCGAGAGGGUGAAGAACAUGCUCCUCAAGUCCAACUGCGUCCUGGAGGCCUUCGGAAACGCCAAGACCAACCGCAACGACAACUCCAGCCGCUUCGGGAAGUACAUGGACAUCAACUUCGACUUCAAGGGGGACCCCAUUGGGGGCCACAUCAGCAACUACCUGCUGGAGAAGUCCAGGGUCAUCUUCCAGCAGGACGGCGAGAGGAGCUUCCAUUCCUUCUACCAGCUGCUCAGAGGGGGGCCGGAGUCUUUGCUGCGCUCGCUGCACAUCCAGAAGGACCCCAAGGCCUACGCCUACAUCAAGGUCGGGGGUCAGGUCAAGUCUUCCAUCAACGAUGGAGCAGACUUCAAAGCCGUAGCGGACGCCAUGAAGGUGAUCGGCUUCACGUCGGAGGAGACUCUGACCGCCUACAAGAUCCUGGCCACCACGCUCCAUCUGGGGAACCUGACCUUCGGCGUGGACGGGGACGUCAUACUGAUCCAGAACCGAAAGGUGGUGUCCGUGAUCGGGGAGCUGCUCUCCACCCCGGAGGACAACGUGGAGAAGGCGCUGCUGUUCCGCACCGUGUCCACGGGCCGCGACGUCAUCGACAAGCAGCACACCGCCCAGGAGGCCGGCUACGGACGGGACGCCCUCGCCAAGGCCAUGUAUGAACGUCUCUUCUGCUGGAUCGUGGGGCGUAUCAACGACGUCAUCGAGGUGAAGAACUACGACGCCAGGGUCCACGGGAAGAACACAGUGAUCGGGGUGCUGGACAUCUACGGCUUUGAGAUCUUCCAGAACAACAGCUUUGAGCAGUUCUGCAUCAACUACUGCAACGAGAAGCUGCAGCAGCUGUUCAUCCAGCUGGUGCUAAAGCAGGAGCAGGAGGAGUACCAGAGGGAGGGCAUCCCCUGGAAACAUAUCGACUACUUCAACAACCAGAUCAUCGUGGACCUGGUGGAGCAGCAGCACAAGGGCAUCUUCUCGGUGCUGGACGAGGCCUGCAUGAACGUGGGCAAGGUCACCGAUGAGGUCUUCCUGCAGGGGCUCAACGGCAAGCUGGCCAAGCACGUCCACUACACCAGCCGCAAGCUCUCGCCCACGGACAAGGGUUUGGAGUUCGACCGAGACUUCCGCGUCAAGCACUAUGCAGGGAACGUGGUGUACUCCGUGGUUGGCUUCAUCGAUAAGAACAAAGACACUCUCUUCCAGGAUUUCAAGAGGCUGCUGUAUAACAGCUCCAACCCGGUGUUCAAGGCCAUGUGGCCGGAGGGGAAGCUGCGUAUCACCGAGGUCACCAAGCGCCCCCUCACCGCCGCCACCCUCUUCAAGAACUCCAUGAUCUCAUUGGUGGAGAACCUGGCAUGCAAGGAGCCCUACUACGUGCGCUGCAUUAAGCCCAACGACGUCAAGUCCCCGCUGCUGUUCGAGCAGGAGCGCUGCCGCCACCAGGUGGAGUACCUGGGCCUGCUGGAGAACGUCCGUGUGCGUCGCGCCGGCUUCGCCUACCGUCAGACCUACCCCCGCUUCCUACAGAGGUACAAGAUGAUCUCGGAGUUCACCUGGCCCAACCACGACCUGCCCUCGGACCGGGAGGCGGUGAAGCGUCUGCUGCAGGGCUGCGGCUUCGACCACGACGUGGCCUACGGCAAGACCAAGGUGUUUGUGCGGACCCCCCGGACCCUGUUCAGCCUGGAGGCCCAGCGCGCCGACAUGCUUCAGAGGAUCGUGCUCUUCCUGCAGAAGGUGUGGCGGGGGACCCUGGCCCGGACGCGGUGCCGGCGGAUGCGGGCGGGGCUGGUGAUCCUGCGGGCGUACCGCCGCUACAAGGUCAAGUCGUACGUGCGCGAGGUCAACCGGCGCUUCCGUAACGUGCGCACCAUGAAGGACCACGGCCGCAGCGUCAAGUGGCCCGCCCCCCCAAAGGUGCUGCGCCGCUUCGAGGAGCUGCUGAAGAACAUCCACAGCAGGUGGUGGGCGUGGACCCUGAUCAAGGUGCUGAGCCCAGAGGAGGUGCUGCAGGUCCGGGCCAAGGUGGCGUCGCUGGAGGCCCUCAAGGGCCAGAGGGCCGACCUGGGGCUACAGAGGGCCUGGGAGGGCAACUACCUGAAGAGGGACAGCCCUGACACGGCCUCCUCCCUCGCCCUGGUCUCCGGGGAGCUGCAGCGGAAAGACAAGUUCAUGAGGGUCCUGUUCUCCUGCAACGUCCGCAAGAUCAAUCACUUCCACAAGGCGGAGGACCGCGCCCUGCUCAUCACCGACCGCCACCUCUACAAGAUGGACCCCCAGAAGCAGUACAAGCCCAUGAAGAGCAUCCCCCUGUACAACGUGACGGGUCUGAGCGUGUCCCCGGGUAAGGACCAGCUGGUGGUGUUCCACACCAAGGACAGCCGGGACCUGGUGGUGUGUCUGCAGGGCAUGCGGCCCCCCGCCGAGAGCCGCAUCGGGGAGCUGGUGGGCGCUCUGCUCGGUCACUUCAGGAGUGGGUCUCCAGUGGGUCCAUUUCCCCUCCGCCCAGCGGCCUAA